AUGUUAAGCCCCGGCUCCCUGUCCUACCUCCUCCUCCUGCCGCUGGGCACCUGCUUUCCUCUGCUGGCCAGAGAAGGGCCUGUGGGCGCCACGGGUCACGUCGGAGGCGAAGUGAGCUGGGCUGGCUGGCCGAGGGGCUCCUCGCAGGGGCACAGGGCACCGCCCCCACCCGCCCCGCUGGUCCUGGGCGAGGAGCUGCAGGCGGCGGGCAGAGGGCGAGCCGGCCUCAGGCUCCGGGUCGGGAGGCAGGACCCGGGCGGCAGCGAGGCCGCGGGCUUCCUCCCGGCCGAGGGCGAGAAGGCCGGCGGCCCCUUGGGGACCCUGGCUGAGGAGCUCACCAGCUACAGCAGGAAGAAAGGGGGCUUCAGCUUCCGCUUCGGCCGGCGCUGA